CAUUCAAAAACAGUUACUCACCCAAGCUGCCAAAUCAAUGAUUUUUCUUGAAAUUGACCAGGGCACUCUAGAGUUGAAAAAAACAAAACAAUAACGAACUUCCACCUAUAACUGCUCAGGUGUCAGCUCAAAAAACUUGGCACAUGGAAACUCCCCAUGGAGAUUCAACUUUUCAGACAUUCAUGGCACUCAAAACAGCCACACAACCUCAGCUUCCAGCGCCAUGGCUUAUGUUUGACCCGCUCCAAAUGAUACCCAACAAAUCUCGCAAUAUUGUCAAGAGGACCCUCAAAGACAAGCAUAUUUCUAAAUCAAAACUUGCCCAUAUGUUUGUGCAAAUUGUUGAGUGGAUAAGAACAGUGUCCAUGGAUGUGGUCCUUCCGGCUCUAGUUCUCUGUCUGCGAGAAGAGGAGAGCAUGAUUUUGGAAGCUAAAACGAGAGCUGAAGAGUGGGAGAAACUGAACAUUAAUGUGCCCUAUAGUAACUGCGCUCACUGUGUCGGCCCUAUCGCUUCCACUGACAGGACGAGCUAUGGUGCUCACAUCUCAGGUGUUGAGAGUGAAGAGGCGGGCAUCAUUGGCAUGACUGUUUUUGCACAAGUGAUGGAUUUCUUACACUGCAAAUAUCUAUUAAACAUGUCUGAAAGGCGCUUUCUGGAAACUCUUGAGCCAUCAGACAGCUUAAAAUCUUUAGACUGCUGCCUCAAGCAAGAGUUAAUCCAUAUGUUUAAUAAAGAUCUCAUCAACUGCGUUUACCAGGAGCUCUUGACUAAUGACGUGGGCAAGACAUUCCCUGUCGAUUACUUGUGCUUGGAGCUUUUGCGUCAAAUGUUCACUGAAAUACCUGCGCGCUGGGAAUUCUACAUGGACGUGCUUAAAUACUUCUGUCGGCGGGCAGCAGAGAACCACCUGAAGUUGUUCUUGAAAUUGCCACGCACACCACAUGAAGAUCGCGUGGAGGAGAACUGGCACUCUGUUGGCCCCAGGACCAUGACAAAAGCGGAGAGAAGAACUCUGGACAUCCUCAGCAAAACAGUGACUGAUAUGAUAAUGAAUAUCGUGGAUCAAGCCACUGAAAAUCCUCUGCGGGCUGCUGAGAUAGUCAGGCAAGGGAAGAAAUCAGGUGCACAAUCUACUGAAGAGUCAGAAUUUUGGGGAAGUAAAACUCCAAACCCUGACAUAGUGCCUGAGAAUGAGGUGCUUGGACCAAGUUCUGGAAUAAAAGUGGAGGACCUUCAUUCAGAGGAGGAACUGGAGCUUGAGGAUGUCGUUUCUAAAUGCUUUGAGGAGCUGUAUGAGCUGAAAAGAUUGAAAAGUGAAACUCCAAAGCCUUACAUAAUCCCUGAGAAUGAGCUGUUCACACCAAGACCUGGAAUAAAGAAAAAUACUUUCCAUUCAGAACAGAAGAUGGAGCUUGAGGAUAUACUUGAUGAAGCUCCAUUUGAAAGAAGCAGCCAGUCAGGAACAGAAGAAGAAGAAAUAACUGAAGCCUCUCAAGGUUUAACUUAUUUGCCAUAUCAUCUUGUAGAAAGUGUUGUUAAUGGGCUGCUUGCAAAAUUUGAGGUUGCUGACAUUUUUGCUAUUUAUCUUUCUGAUGCUCUUGUCUCCAAUCUGGUAAAGGGACUAGCAGACCUGGCAGGAAUUAAUGUUGCUACCUGCAGUCUUAGAAAUAAGUGCAUUCCUGAUGAGAAUCAUAUUGUUUUACAAAUUGUAAAUGAAGCUCAUGGUAUCCUGGCACAUAAGAACUACUUGAAGUCAGUAUGGCAUGAAAAUGAAAUAGCUGUAAGCUAUCUGACAGCUGUCCUAUCUGCAGUUAUCCUCGACUACACACUGGUGCGUCCUAAGGCACGAAAUAAUGGCUUGACCAGCGAAAGCUUAACCUUAUGGAGAUGGAAGGCUGGGUCCUACACACCUAGAAUUAGUAAUCAGUUUUCUGUUGAGAAAGCGCUGAUGCAGGAUGACACCGAUUCAUCUCUUUGCGACGCCGCUCAAGCUAGCGCCAAUGAAAUGAGCUUCAAGGAUUGUGACCAAGAAGAAAUAGAUGAAGGCCCGAGACCAGACUGUGAUCAAUCUGCCGGUACAGCUUUUAGAGAGGUCACUUUGAAAGUAAAGAAAGGUAUUCAAGCCUCCCUUUCCAAACUCUUCUUUUUCAAAAGCAAGGCUAGUCAGCGAGUUGGCCCAUGUCCUUGAGGAAGAAAAAAAUAACAUAGAAAAACAGAAUUUUUUUACCUGAGAAACUUCAA